AUGGCAACAACGAAGAUGAUCAAACAGCUGUUGCCUGACAUAGCGCAUGCGAAGGAGCAGCAGCACCAGCAGCAGCAGGUACUGGAGCAGGAUCAUAUAGAGGCUGAGGUCAAGCCGGACCGUCUCUCAUGGCCGGCAUCGAGACCUAGGACUCCCAAGGACGUUGUUCAAGCCCGGCUGAAGCAGGAUGCCGGUUUGCCCGAUAACGGACUUGCAAUUGACGACUUUGAUCUCAUCAAGACCCUUGGGACAGGCACCUUUGCUCGGGUAUGGUUUGCCAGGUUAAAGGCUGUCAAAGAACCCAACAGGGACAUCUUUGCUCUGAAGAUACUCAGGAAAGCCGAAGUGAUAAAGCUGAAACAAGUCGAACAUGUACGAAACGAAAGCAAGUGCCUCUCCAAGGCUGCUGGUCAUCCUUUUAUAACGACGCUAAUCACCACCUUUUCGGAUGAACAAUGCCUCUAUAUGCUGCUUGAAUACUGCCCUGGCGGCGAAAUAUUCAGCUUCCUCCGGCGAGCUCGCAGAUUCGACGAAUACACUUCGAAAUUCUACGCAGCUGAAAUAACAUUAGUGAUCGGGUACCUGCAUGACAUGCAUGGAAUAGCCUACCGCGACCUCAAGCCCGAAAACAUCCUCCUCGAUCAGGAAGGUCAUCUCAAACUAGUCGACUUUGGCUUCGCAAAACAGCUAUAUAACCUCGAGACCUACACCCUCUGCGGCACACCGGAAUACCUCGCUCCUGAAGUCAUACACAACAGCGGCCAUGGCCUUGCAGUUGAUUGGUGGGCCCUGGGAAUCCUCAUCUACGAGUUUAUAGUCGGUCAACCGCCCUUCUGGGACUCAAACCCAAUGGGAAUAUACGAAAAGAUAGUUGCAGGAUGCAUCCGUUUUCCCGCGAACAUGCCUGCCUCAGCUAAGGAUAUAAUUAGUGCUCUUUGCAAGGUCAAUCCGUCCGAACGGCCGGGCCAUAUAUCCGGAGGAAGUCAGCGGGUUCGGGACCAUCCAUUCUUUGAAGGUAUCGAUUGGGACGACUUAUACAACAAGCGGGCUAAGGGACCGAUUGUGCCGCGGGUGAGCCAUCCUGCAGAUACAGCGAAUUUCGAAGAGUACCCGGACCCUCCGGGCCCAGCUACGCAGGCGGUGUAUACCGAUGAGAUGAAGGCACGGUAUGAAGAGAUAUUCCAGGACUUUUAAGCGAGCUCUUGGACGGGACUACAUAAUUUUUUUGGGGGCAACCUUGACGGCCGGGCUCAUUUGUGCGAGUUUCUUUUGGGCUCGCUCACAACGUCACGCACAUUGCGACCUCAACGUUAUUGGCAUCAGCAUUCGACAUUGAUAAAUCAUCUACCCCCAUCACAACCUCCUGGCACUACCUCCGUUGUACCAUUUUCUUUUCUCCAACUUUAUAUACGUGAUUCUUACGGUCACGAAAACGCUCCGGGCUAUCUUUCCUUCGGGCGGCGGUUCACAACUGCCUUACAGCCUAUAUCUACUUAUAUACCAUUCGCAGUUACAUAUUCAUCUUACCAUUUAUUUACUUAUAAAACACUACAUAUGUAUCUCAUAUAUCUUGACUGAGUGCUUGGAUAUUGGAGUUGACAGAAUAAUAUGCCUCUCAUUUUGUCUCUCAACGCCUAGUAAACUGGAUAGUGUAGGCGGAGUCUAAACCGGUUGAAAAAUCUAUGUACUGUGGUAAUGCUGCCCGAGUGCCGGUAGGGGAAAAAAAAAAGAAUAGGUGAAUAUGGACAAAGAAGAGAAAUGCAGGUCAACUAGGAAAAAUAAACAAGAGUGCCUGCUCUGGUUGUAAGAGGAGUGUGCCGCUUCUCGUUGUCGCCGAGAGUGGGAGUAUAGCGAGCGAGAACUGAGUAGAACGAAGGAGAUGGUAUCAAACGCAAGUAACGAGAGUGAGUCGAAAAAGAAAACGGGCUGAUGGGGUCUGGAGACCUCAGCGGGAAUCACUAAUCUUAGGAAUAAAGGUCCCCCCUCUUU